UUUUGAUAUUCUUAUUAACAUGGAUUUCUUUUAGUGUAGAAACAUCAAUGCCAACUGCUUUCAUUACUCUUUUAACCAGUGAACCUUACGUAGCUGGUGCGUUAGUACUUGCUCAAACCCUUAAGAAUGAGCUUCAUACAAAACAUAAAUUAGCUAUAUUACUUGAUCCAACCGGGAUUUCUCCUAAAUCGCUAGAAUUAAUUAAACUGAUCUAUGAUGAUAUUAUUCCAAUUGAUGAUAAGCUAAUCAAUGGAUCUUUAAAAGAAGUGAUUGCGAAAUUGGGUAGAGAUGAGUUAAAUGUUACCUUCACUAAAAUAUUAUUAUGGAAUCAAAUACAAUAUUCCAAAUUAGUUUAUCUUGAUAGUGAUACUCUACCAUUGAAGAAUUUGGAUCAUUUGUUUGAGUUGUAUAAAGAUACAGAAGCUCAUGAAAUCGUGGCUAGUCCAGAUAUUGGCUGGCCAGACAUUUUUAAUAGUGGAUUAUUAAUUCUAACCCCAGAUGAGCAAAUUCAUAAAGAAUUGGUUCUGUUUUCGGGUAUUCAGGAUGCUUCCUUUGAUGGUGCUGAUCAAGGUUUGUUGAACGAAUUUUUCCAUUUAAAACCCAAAGAAUCAAAUUCAACUUCUAAGAAAUGGAUCCGUUUACCUUUUGUAUACAAUGUAACCCCUUCAGAUAAUUAUCAAUACUUACCGGCUUUAACCCGCUUCUUCAAAGAUAUAAACUUGUUACAUUUCAUUGGCCAAUUCAAACCAUGGCAUACCAAAGUGAAUUCUUCAACUCUGGAAUCAGAUUCUAGAUUACACGCUUUAUGGUGGGAAAAAUUUAAUAAAUACUAUACUGAAGAAUCCGAUCGUAUUGGUUUAUUGAAUAUCAACCUUGCUCAAGGUGAAGCUCAUAAAUUAAAUUUCGGUAAAUUGAUCAAUUCCUGGGAUACUAAUGAUACUCCGAGUCAACUCAUCGAACCCUUUGAUCAAACCACCUUGGAGGACGAUUCCCAGCCUUCAAAAAUCUUUCCUUGGGAACAUAGAGAAGAAAAGAAACCAACUAGGAUUUUCCAUAAAGUUAACGAAGAUCCUCCAAUUAGAAAACCCCCAAUUCUCAAGUCUUCUCGAAAAUCAGGAACUUCUACUUCUACUUCUGCUUCUACUUCUGCUUCUACCUCCGCCUUGAAAAGUAACUAUGAAUUUAAUAAAAAUCAAGACAACGACUUUGAUCCAGAAAAAUCAUUGGAUGAAAUCUCCAAAUUACCAAUCAAGUUAUUAUCGAAGAAGGGAGAAUCCGAAUCGAAAAAAUGACUCUGAAUUCCAACUAUACUUCCACCCUCU